UAUUUUCAGUCACUGUCAAACAAACAUGUUUGAAUUUCUUGAGCAAAGUGUGGACACAGUCGGGUAACUCCAAAAGUUGCUAUAGUCAGUUUUAAAAAAGAAGCUGUAACACAGAAUCACUGCAAGCAAAUACAGCACUAGACAUAAUGUAUCCUAUCACCUAAUCAAUUACCACCACAUAGUGCUAAGAACAAACAAAAAGAAAAACAACAGAUCAAAACAGUAAAUUAUGUAUUAUGUGAAGAUGUGUGUGAAGAUUGAAAUAAUGUGAUUAGAGUAAACAAACCCACUCAAAUAAAAACAAACAAACUCAAAUAAAUGUUUUAAGUUCUCAACAUAUAUCAAUACUAUCCAGAUCAUAUUCUCUUGUGGGGUAGGCUUAACAUGUUUUUGUAUCCCAUUUAUUUUGUAUGAAUUCUGAAUCGGCCCCAUCUACUGGUUUACUGGUUGUUUCAAACUGCGGUUCUCGCGAGAAUUCCCACGAGAAUUUGAUGUUCCGCUCCGAGUUGAUUUUAAUUCUGAAAAAACGUUUCUAUUCUCUCAACAGGCGAAGUUGUUGUUAUGUGUUAAGUCGUGAAACAAAACCCAUUUUGUGAAAGGGUCGGUUAAUGUCCUAUUAAUAGUUGAGACAAGGUAUUUCUACGACAAUAUUGUUGCACUAUAAAAUCACCUCAUGACUACAGCCUAAUGAGAUUGUUGUCAUGAGAUGAAUGUUGAUUAAAUUAGUUAAUUAAGUUAAUCAAGUUAAUUAAAUGUCUUUUCUUACGGAACGGAAUAUUUGCGCAGACUUUGGAGUGACGCUGUUUCUGACACGCAGCUGCUUUCACUUUCAUUUACGAGGAAGUGUGGUGGUGGCGAACAGGCCAAGGCUCGUUUUGUGUUCAAGAAAGAAAGAAGAUAAUCAAAAUGGCGAGUAACCAGGCAGACGACGAAGGCAUGGAUUUUGUAAACCAGGAUAACACGAAUGAAUUAUCUCAGGCUGCAAAGGAGCCUCUAAAAGAAGAAGUCCUACUGACUCUGUCGUUGAAGUGGUUGGAUAAAAACAAAAAGAAGACAGAUCUACAAAAAGCCUUUCAGACUUGGUUCAGCAAAAACGCACCUAAAAUAGACUGCACACUUCAAGAGCUUCUACCAGAUGAGCGGGCUGUGAUUGUGGUUUCACCUCCACCAGGCCUCAAGGAGCUUCAGAAGUUGAGUGGUGAAAAACUUUAUACAAAAGACAAAAAAUCAGAAAAGAAAUUAGAGAAGGAAUUAGUCACCAUUCUGUCUGUAAUGGUGGGAACACCAAAGCAAAAUCCACAAGCAGCAGACGAUGCUUCAGUGAAGCCGACUCCUCCAGGGAAUCCGACUCCUCCAGUGAAUCCGACUCCUCCAGUGAAUCCGACUCCUCCAGCUGCUUCUGUAAACACCAGUGAUGUCGAUUCCGAGCCACCAGCUGACAAAGCACACGGUGAAGAACAGAAGAAACCAAUUUCUACAGCAGGAGACAUUCCUGUGGAGAAUCAAACAAUGGAUGAAAGUUGUGUUCUGUCAGUGAAUCAAUUCUUGUAUGUGAGCCGCAUCUACAAGGACAAACUACAGCGCAUACUGGAUGAGAAUGAAGUUGAAAUCAAAUCAGAGGUCGUUGUGAAAUUUGAAUCCAAGCGUAAAGACGGAAAACCAAAUGAAGCAAAGACAAAGUUUACAGAUCUUGUCCAGGAAUGCUUAGCUGAUUCCAAUGGUUCAGUUUUUUCUCCCAUCUCUGCAGAUCCAGAUCAGUUGAACAGAGCAUUGAAAGUCAUCAUGAACAAGGAAAGCAAACUUUUAGCCAACAUAUCCUCUGAAGAAAUAACAGUUUUUGGACCAAGUUGCCAGCAAAAGCUUCUUGAUCCAAUGUUAAAACCAUCACAUAAAACCAGCACUGGUUAUGAAGAGUCUGAACGUUGGUCUUCGUCUUCAAACUUCAGUGGUGAUCUCCUGGUGAAAAUCAACAUGACAAUCAAAGAUGAUCUUGCUGAUGAAGGUCUGACCAUAGACAAGGACCAGUGGAAAAACCUGAAGUCUUCUUAUGAUAACCACCUUACAGUGAUCAAAGCUAAGUUCAAUGUCGAUUUUAAGGAAUCCAGCAUCAGUGAGGGCAAAGUUAAUGUCAAACCAUCAUAUAAAGGACAUGGAGGAAACCCAGCAAUGGAGAACCAUGCUGUCAGAGCUCUGCUGCGUCUGUACCAGAAGAUGAUGACGUCAUUCAUGCCACUUCCUCCACCUUAUCGUGCCACUAGGUUCAGUGGUUCUGAAGAUAGUUCCACUGGUGCUGGAGUUAAUGGUCAUUCAACAAAAAACAAUAAAGAAUUAGCAGGAGAGGGCGCAACAGGGGACAGCAAAGAUGACAAAUGUUCAAUUUGUAUGUCCGAUUUUACUGAUAAAAAGCAGCUGAAGUGUAAACAUGAAUUUUGUGAGCAGUGCCUGAAAAAUGCAGUGAAACACGGUGGACCCAUCUGUCCAAUAUGCAAGGAUGUUUUUGGUGUGAUGAAGGGAAACCAACCUGAUGGAAAAAUGACUUGGAAUAAGUGUCAAUUAUCCCUCCCUGGAUUUCCAGGUUGUGGCUAUAUAUUCAUCACCUACGACAUUCCAAGUGGAAAACAGAUGGAAAAUCAUCCAAAUCCUGGUCAAUACCAUUCAGGAGCUGUCAGAACAGCAUAUCUUCCAGACAACAAAGAGGGCAAUGAAGUUCUGCUGCUCCUGAAAAAAGCUUUUGAGCAGAAGCUCAUUUUCACUGUUGGAGCUUCUAGGACAACCGGGGCGGAUAACAUGGUGACCUGGAAUGACAUCCACCACAAAACGUCCAUGUCAGGAGGACCAGAGUGUUAUGGAUAUCCAGAUGAGAACUACCUGAGCAGAGUCAAGGAGGAGCUGAAGGCUAAAGGCAUCCAGUGAAGUUUUUGUUUUGCAUUAAGUGAAUUUUAAAUCCAAAAUUCUGACAAAUUGAAUCUGAAUUUCCACAUUUUGUUCUAUCAUGUUAGAUGUUUUAUAAUAAAUAAGACUUAAUGGUUACUUUGAAGUUCACUGAAAGACUUUCUCUCAUCGAUCAAAACAUAACUAAACAAAUCACAUCCUUUUGAAAGAUUUACCAAAUUGUUUAUUUUUUUCUUUACAUGUCUCAUGUGAAUCACAGUGUAUUUUUUAUAUAACUGUAAUCAAAUGUAAGAUGAUUAUUGGUUUGGGUUUUUCUCAAAUAAAUUAAUAAAUUUACAUUCAACAGAA